AUGGCGGCAUCCGUCGACGUCGGCUACCUGGCCGCGUCCUAUUCCGUCCCCGAGACAACCCUACAGUCAUUACUAUCAGAGCCCACCGUCGAGCUCGUCCAGACACUCCUCACACAGAUCGAGGCGAAGGCGCGCGCAUACGAUGACCUCCAAUCGGAGAAGAUCCGCACCGAUGUCGAGCUCGAAGCCGCCAUCCAGGGCGGAGAACAGCGCGCGCGCACCCUGAAGGCCACGGCAGAGAAGGCGCAGAAGGAGGCCGAGGAAUUGAAGAAGAAGCUAGUCCAAGAGGAGAAUGCACGGCAAGAGGCAGAGUCGACGCUGCACAACCUGCGCGCCACGGCCACCAGCUCAACGUCUGAGACGCAGGCGCUGGAGUCGCGCAUCAAGACGCUCGAGUCCCAGAACCGCGACCUCAUGGCCAUGCACGAGACCAAGACGACCGCACACGACCGCCUCGCCAAGGAGCUCACCGAGCAACACCAGAAGUCUGUCGAGCUGCGCAAGCAGGUGUCGACGCUCGAGGAGAAGACGCAGUCGCUUGAGAGCGCGGCCACUAAUGUCAAGUUCCGCGAGGCCAACCUGCAGCAGGAAAUCGAGCAGCUGCGCAGCAACAACGACUGGUACACGACCGAACUCAAGACGCGCGCAGACGACCACAGCAAGUACCGGAAGGAGAAGAACGCCCAGAUUGCCCAACUCCAGCGCGAGAACGCCGACGCCGCCGAGACCAUCGACACCCUGAACCGCUCCGAGACGCUGUUGCGACAACACAUCGAGGAGCUCAAGGGCAAGGCCGAAGAGGACCGUCUGCGCAUCGAAGAGCUCGAGAAUGCAGCAUCAGCCGCCGAGGCCCACUUCCGCAUCGAGCUCGACAGCGCGCGCCGCCUGUCGACGCUGCACCAGCAGAACAACGAGAUGACCAAGAAGCGCUUGGAGCAGCUGCAGUCGGACAGCAGUCGCGUACAAGAGGAAGCCGCGACCGAGAUUGGUCAGCUCAUGGCCGAAGUCGAGGCGGAACGCGAAAGGGCUGCCGAGGCCGAUGCGCGCACGGCGGAGCUGGAGACGCUCGUCGAGACCCUCAAGAGCGACAACUCCGAGCUUCGAAGCUCCGUCCGCGUACCUGGAACACCGCGACACGGCAUGAGCAUGAACGGUGGCUUCAGCACGCCCGGCCGAGCUGGUUCGCCUGCUGUCGUCUUCUCCCCGGGCGGAUCGCAGCUCAAGACCGAUGCCUCCAAGACUCAGCUACUGAUCGAGAACAACGACCUCAAGAAAGAGCUUCGCAAGAUCCGCGAGAAGUUGGAAGAGAACACAGGUGUCCUCAACGAGAUGCUGCAGGAGCUGGAGCGUCACCAACCCGAGUUCGACGAACUUCGCCGACAGAACGAUGCCCUGAACGAGCAGAACAACGAAAUCAGCGCGCUUCUCGAAGAAGCCAUUGCCGAACGCGAGGCAGCACAACGCGACUCGCGCAAGGCCCUGGGUGACUUGGAAGGCGUGCACAACGAAUCUGCUCUACUGCGUCGCCAGGUACAGGACAUGACGAUCCAGCUACGCACAUUGCUUUGGCGCCGCCAGGUUGAAGAGCAGGGUAUGGGUAGCCUCACAGAGGAACAGCAAGAGUUCAUCGUCAACGCUGUCGAGAAUAACCAAGUACCGGACAAGCACGUACCAGACGACUCGCCUACACAUCAGAUGAUCACGAAGCACCUUAUCCUGUACAAGGAUAUUGCCACUCUCCAGCAACAGAACGCCGAACUGACGCGCACACUUCGACAAGUCGGCGACGAACAGGAGAGGCAAGAGGUCCGCAUGAAGUCGGAGCAAUAUCAGCAAGAUAUCGAAGAGCUCGGCCGUCUACGCUCCGUGGUUGCUGAGAAGGAGGAAGAGAUCAAGUCACUCAACGUUCGCUCACAAACCCUCAAGACCGAACGCGACAUGUACAGCCGCAUAGUUGGCGGUCGGGGUCAGUUGCCGUCUCACUCGCAGUCAACAUCCGCUUUCGCACAGUCUGUACCCGCAGGCGGGGCUCCCCUGCUUCUCGAGAACGGCUCUUCAUCCCGCGAGAUCCCAGAGUACAGCAAGCUUAUCAAGGACCUUCAAUCACACAUUGACCUGCUCAAGGAGGAGAGUGCCACGGACCGCACUACACUCAAGGCGCAGGUUGACAGUUUGACCAAGGACAACUCUCAGCUCCAGAGCGACAAACUCCGUUUCGAGUCGCAGGUUCGCCGAGAGCAAGACAGGUAUGCUCGUCUUGAGGGCAGCAUCAAACUGCUCCAAUCCGAAAAGGACUCCCUCCAGGAACGCUACAACAAGGUCCAAGCCACCAUGGCCCAACAGGACGACAGGCUUGUCAAGGCCACCCAGAACGCUGCGGAAGCUGAGGCACGUCUUCAGAGCUUGCAGGGCGAGAUGGUGCAGCUCAAGGCAUCUCGGGAAAUGUCCGCGACCAUUGAAGCACGUCUCAAGGAACGGAACCAGGAGUUGAUGACCGAGCGCGAUCGGUUGAGCCACAUGGUGUCCUCGAUUCAGAGUCUGCGCAACGAAGCUGAGUUGGCCACCGCGGAGAGCCGACGCGAGCUGCAGAACACGGUGGACAAGCUUCGGACAGAUUUACAGAGCGCUGAAAGCAAGCUGGAAGACGAGAUCGCCGAGCACAAGAGGGCCACCCAGCAACGAGACUACGAGCGAACCGAAAUGCAACGACGGAUCGACGACCUCAUCGCCGCACGUAACAGUGCCGAGGUCAAGUCCGCGACCGCUGAAACGACACGCCACCAGUUGGAGCAACGCCUCAAGGAACUCCAGAGCCAACUCCAGUCAUCAGAGGAGCGCAUACAGGCUCUUCAGCCACGAUCGCAGGCCAACGAUGAGCAAGAUCCUGUCAGUCGUGAGGAAGAGCUGGCGGAACAGGUUUCAGACCUCAAGCGCAAGAUCGAGCGCAAGGAAGAGGAUCUGGAGGCUGUUACUGCCCAGAUUGCCGGCUUCCAAGAUAUCGCCCAGGAUGCUGAGAAUCGAUUACAGACCUUCGUCGAGGCCCACGAACGACUCCAGGAGCAACUCAACCUUGCACAAGAAGAGAAGGAUGCUACUAUCCGCGACUUGCAACAGCGUAUGGAAGACAUAUCUUCUGAGCUCGCUACAAGUAGCACCGAGCUUACUGAACUGAGAGGAAAGCAUGAGCAAGACACGUUGGUCCUCAGACAGGAGAAGGAAACCUUGGAAGCAGAGAUCACCCGACUCAACAACGAUGUAGCCGACUACAAGGCUGAGGCCGAGAACCAAAUGCAAUACGUCAAGACCCAAGCCGACAUCGCCGAGCGCGCCCAAAAGGAUUACGAGCACGAGUUCCAGAAGCACGCCGAAAGCAUGACGAAGCUCCGUGAGCUGCGCGAUGAAUACAACCAGCUUCAAUCACAGAUCACAGAGUUCAAGACGCAAGCAGAAGCUGCACGCACAACGCUGGAGCAGAGUCAAGAACACUGGAAGUCUACUGAGGGCCGCUAUGAGGAGCAGCUUGCCGAAGCCAGACGCCGCCACGACGACUUGAAGCAAUACAACCAGACCUUGCUCAAGCAGUUUGACGAAUACAAAGAGCAAAUCAACAGCUUGAAGAACGACCGCGGUGCAUCGACUGGGGAGCCAAGCAGCACGGAGUCCGGCUCCAACAACCUCCAGGACAUCGAGACCUAUCUCCGCCGAGAGAAGGAGAUUCUGGAGGUUCAGCUAAACCUGAAGGUGCAAGAGUCCAAGCGUCUCGAGCAGCAACUCACACACGCCCAAGGUCAGCUCGACCAGACGCGAGAGAAGCUACUGGAAGAGCAAGCCAAGGCCUCGGGUUCGCAGAGCAACUCCAGCCUUGCACAUCUCAACAAGAACCUCGAAGAACUCAACGUCUAUCGCGAGAGCAAUGCGACGUUGCGCAGCGAAAACACUCGUCUCCAGGCCUCGUUUGCUGAGAAGGCCAAGGCGCUGGAGGAUCUUCAGGCUGAGUUGGAGCCCUUGCAAGUUCGCGUAACUGAACUUGAGGGCGAGCUCGAGCUCAAUGUGGGUCACCUCAAGGCUGUUGAGGAGGAUCGCGACCGCUGGCAGAAGCGCCACCAGGAUGUCCUACAGCGAUACGAUCGUAUCGACCCCAAGGAUCUCGAAGAUCUCAAGCAACAGAUCGAAGACCACAAGGUUGAGCGCGAUCAGGCACUGGAGCAGGUAGCUGGCCUCAACGAACAGAUCACAGCUCUCACAAGCGACGUACAAAAGGCGAAUGCUGAGCGAGACAACAUCAAGGCGGCCGAGAGAGAAAAGUUCCAAAAGACACAUAAUCAACGCAUGUCAGAGAAGAGGGCUGAAAUCACCGCACUCACUGCUCAGCUCAAGGAGGCGCAGGAAUCAAGUACAAGCUUACAAGAGGAGGUCGACCGUAUCCGCCAAGAGCUCACCAACGCACAAGCCACAAGUGCGAACGCCGGACAAUCCCAGGAGCGAACGGCGGCACUUCAGAAGGAGUUGGAGCAGACCCGCGCACGACUGGCGACGACCCAGCAAGAGCUUAAUGCUGCGAAGACUGCUCGCGACGAAGCCAUUGCUCAGGCGAACACUUCUACCCAGGCAGCUGAGAAUGCGGAUGCGGGUGAGGAGGGUCAGAUCAACGAGAACUCCGAUGCUACGACACCCCAGCUGGCUCUUCUGCAGAAGCAGCUGGGUGAAGCUCAGCAAAAGGCUUCGAAUGCCGAGAGCAGCCGAUCUGCCAUUGCAAGCCAACUGUCCGAGCUACAGGCGCAGCUGUCGACACUGGGCGAGCUCCAGAAGGAAGCUGCUACCAAAGACACCACCAUCGGCGAGCUUCGGAAUCAGCUUUCACAGCAACAACCGUCAUCGAACCCGGCUUCUGGCGAGCCCGCGACCGACUCCACCACGGCUGUGGAGACUGAAAAGCUCAAGGAAGAGCUCGCUGCGAAGGCCGCCGAAGUCGACGAUUUGCGGGCUCAACUUGCUAGUGCGAAGUCUGCACAACAACCCGCAGAGGGUCAGACACAACCGGAAGCCUCGCACAACGAUGAACAGAUCACAGCCCUGAAGGCUUCACUCGACCAGCGAGAGGCCGAGCUGAACGAACUCGAAGCGUCGUUGAAAGCCCGUGAAGACACGAUCACUAGGAGAGAAGGCGCCCUGGAAAAGAUCAAGAACAAAUACAAUGAGUCUAUCAAGAAGACCAAGGCCGAAUCCAGCGAACAGGUCGAACGCUUGAAGGAGGCUCAUCAAGCCGAGCUCGAGAGUCUACGACAAGAGAAGCAGGCCGCUGCCUCGACUCAAAACGCCCCCAGUGAAACAACCGAGACUCAACCUGUACCGGAUGGCAUGAUUAACACACAAGAUCUACCCCGACCUGCAGUCACGGACGACCAGCUCAGGAAGUGGUUCAAGACGAACAGCGGGGUGUUGGCGGUGGUGAAAUCUCAGAUUCAAAUGAAUCUCGAGAAGCAAACAGCUGCGAAGGAUGAGAAGAUCAAGCAGCUCAACGAACAGAUCAAGCAGCUCAACACACAGAUCGAACAGCUCAAGACUCAGAAGGCCAUCGAUGGCAUUACGGGUGUGAAGCAGGAACCUGAACAACCGAAGGCGGCUGGUUCGGGCGAGGACCUGGCUACCGUCAACGCUGCUUGGGAGAAGAAGCUGAAGGAGAAGCUCGAGGAACUAGAAGCGAAGCUGACCAAGACACAUGAACUGAAAGCGAAACUCAACGCUUCACAGUUGAAACUGUUCAGAACCAGGUUCAGCUACGUCGAGAAGGCUGCAAAGGAGACGCCGACUGAGGAGGUUGCAAAGGUGUACGCCGUUGCUCUAACUCAGAAGCCUGUGGAAGCCACCAAGCCUGCACAACCCGCCACACCCGCCAAGCCUGCUGCCGCACAAGCUGCACCGAAUACAUCAACACCAGCACAGCAACAGCCAGCAGCGCCUUCCGCGACCAACACGCCUCAAGCGAACGGCACCAACAACGCUACUCCUACUCAGGCCACCCAGCCCAACCCCUUCCUCCAAGCUGCCGGCCACGGCACAAACCCAAACCCAUUCCAGCAAAACCAGAACCAAAUGGGACGGGGACUACCGCAGCCAGGUUUCACAGUCCAAGGCCAAGCCCAGGCUCAACAGCCUCAAGCACAGCAGCAGCAGCAGCAAUCCGGACGCACCGCAGGAACCGGGGUCCAAGCCCUCCGCGGCGCUCUCCAAUCCAACAUCCCCCGCGGUGGUGGUGGUGUUGGUGGAACCGGCAUCCCCAUGCCCGGCGGACGCGGACGAGGCCAGAACCAACCGCAGCAACAACAGCAGCAGCAAGGUCUGAACCAGCAACAACAGCAACAGCAGAAUCAAGGUCCAGGUGCAUCGCAAAUCGGUCGCGGGGGUGGCCGAGGCGGUGGACGCGGUCGCGGCCAACAGAAUCAGAAUCAGGCUCAGAAUCAGAGCUCGCCUGCGAGGGGUGGGCUUAAUCCUGGUGCGCCGGGUUUCCAACCUGGACAAGCUGGUCAGGCUGGACGGGGACAGAAGCGUGGGGCGGAGGAUGAUAGUGAAGGUGCGACGAGGGGAGGGAAGAAGCCGAGGGGUGGAAGGGGUGGUGGUAAUGGAGGGGGGCAGGGUGGCGCUGAGUAG